AGCUAGUGAUUCCCAAGGAUUACUUAACAUAAUUAGAUUAGUUUGUUUCUUGAUUUCAAUUCUCAAAAAUUUCCCUUUCCCAACAUAAAGUCAUCACAAUGCAAUUAUUAAGUACAAUUAUUAUUUGUUUGCUUGCACAAACAGUUGCAACCGAAGAAACACUCGAAGUUAGUGCCACAUCCACUAUAGAAACCAGUACUAUUUCAGAACCAGUUGUUGUUGAAUCUGAUGGCGUAUUGAACCUUCUAAACAUGGAGGAGCUUAAUGCUUCUAAUUUCCAUGUUGAUAACUCUGGCCAAUUCUUGUUUAAAAGCAAUGUCAGGUCAGAAGUGGACAUCGGGUACUUGAACAAUAGUGGAUAUAUUUUACUUGAUACCAUAGAAGCAGAUCGAGCUUACCUACAUUUGGGGAACAAUACCGAGAAUAACGGAGAAUUGGUUGUUUAUGGUCAACAUUUAAAUGUCCACAUGGAUCUGGUCGAGAACCUGGGAUCAAUUACUGUCUGGGGAUAUGCAGGUGAGGUGACUAUGGAACAAUUUACCAACAAGAAAGAUGUAUGCUUUCACGAACAGUUGGUGGAAUUGAAACAAUCGAAGGGAGCCGGUUGUUUUGCUGUUUCCAAUUCUAGUGUGUACAUCUCUAACCCAGAUGAGUUUCACCCAACAAUAGUUCUAGAAGACUCGCAAAAUCAUGUUUACCUAGAAGAAAUUUCCGAAGAUUUAGUUAUCAAUCUUGUUAAUUUUCAGAAUGUGGUACGUGUAACUGCUCCAAAUGAUGGAUACGAAAACUUCCUGUAUACAAAUGGCAGCUUGAUUCUUGCCUAUGAAGAUUUCAGAAUCACGUUAGAGAUUGGUCUGGGGUACGACUCAGAGCGAAUCUCAGUGGAAAAUGACGAUUCAGGGGUCCUUGUAAGCUAUGAUGGUUCUGCUCCUUCCAAGACAUCCCAUGAAACAGAAUGCGGUUGCGCUUUGGAAACUGAUCCACCUGUUAAGGAGGCUGAAUCAAGCACAGUUGAGGCUGAGGACGAAAGUUCUUCUACCAACGACGAUGACAACGGAAAAGGAAAUGGUAAUCAAAAUUCGAGAAAUUCCUCUGCAUCUGUUUUAACACCUAUUUAUCUUGUGGGUUUGUCUUUUGUAGUGUCUUUAAUGAUUAUGUUGUGAUUCAUGAUAACACCAUUCAACGUGGAUUACCAAAGGGCAAAGACUGUGAUAGCUCUACUAUCAAAUGUAUGUAACAUAUUGUUUGACAUAAUUUAUUAUUCAUAAUUGAAAACAUUGACUGUGAUUUUUGCUGGUUUAUUCGUGGCAGCUAAGCUGUUUAAUAAGUUCUCUCUAUUCUCUUUUAGAUUCACAGACUCCAAUUAUUUCACUCAACUAAUGACAAAAACAAAACACUCUUGAAAUGAUAAGCUGUAUACUUUAAUAGUUCUGAUAUUGACCUUAUGGGGGUAUAUAGCAAUUACUCAUUAGUCUUGCUCUCUCUUUCAGUUUUCCUCAAUCUACUAUUGAUCAAGGUAGAAAUUACAUUAUUUAUCCUAUCAAGUCAAUAUUGGUUUUGUUCCCAGACUGGAAAUAUCCAAUACAUGAACAAGGUC